GUUUUUUCGAACAUUUCGGGGUAUUUCCUAAAGGGGUAAUCAUCUAGCACGUCUGCGGGGAAUAGGGGACCCGGAAGGAACAAGGUAUCGUGCAUAAGUUCGUUGGUGACCGACAUUCCAGCUCGUGGCCUAGCUAUCUAAGGGAAGGUUCUGCCCAACAUAAUGGAACCCCUACCUAAAAAUAUAGCGAUGCAAGGGAUUGAUAGCUGUUAUCUCGUUACCAUGUUGCUCUAUACGAACACGAAUAGCCCUUGCUGGAAGAAGCUAAAUGCUGACUACCUUAGUCUUCUUUUAAGGGCACAUAGUAGGUAUAUAACCAUUUACCGCCUCGCGAUACGCUUUCUAUCGCCGUGUUUCAAAAAAUAUUUCUUCGCCGGGCUUGUCUUAAACGAUUUGUUGAAAUGUUGUUGAAAUCGUUAUGUCUUGCUUCAGCGCUGGCGUUAUCGGUUCUAGGGGAGAAGGAUUCUGACCCGAUCCACUUGUUGAGGAAAAAGGGGAUCGCAUCCAAUCAGUUGAACGAAAUCUCCUCCGGUUUAAAAGGCGGCGAUGCAUGUCUAUGCUCUCUUGCUUGCGAUACGCUUCUCAGCAUAUUCAGUAGCGAUAGCGUGAACGUGGCUGGCCAAGAAUCCUACGACGCCUCUCAGGCCAGGUAUUGGUCGCAGCAACAGGCGCGUGAUACCAAGCCAAAAUGCUUCAUUCAACCACUCGACGCCGAGGAUGUGUCUGUUGUAGUUCUGGUUUCUCGUGCCACGGAAUGCCCAUUUUCUGUCAAAGGUGGCGGCCAUACCCAUUUUAAGGGUGGUUCUAACAGCCACGGCGGCAUCACCAUCGAUUUCAUUCAAAGAAAGCAUGUCAUCCCAAGCGCGGAUCGAAAAUCUGUGGCAUUUGGACCGGGAAACACUUGGGUCGAUGUGUAUACAGUGCUGGACAAUCUCAAUCUAACUAUGGUUGGUGGCCGUACAGCUACAGUAGGCGUCAGUGGCUUAAUAUUGGGAGGGGGUAUCUCGUUUUUUAGUGGACAAUACGGGUGGACUUGUGAUAAUAUGAUUAACUAUGAAAUUGUUCUUGCAUCGGGUGAAAUCGUACGAGUCGAUUCGAAAUCGCAUCCCGAUUUAUUCUGGGCUCUUCGCGGUGGCGGUGGGAACUUCGGUAUUGUUACGGAGUUUGUUGCCAAAGCCAUCGAGCAGGGGCCUAUGUGGGGAGGAUUUGUUUUCUGGGAGAUGCAUAGCACCAAGGACGCUGUUAUUAAUGGGCUUGUUAACUACGCCGACAAGGGAGCUGAAAAGGACCCGAAGGCUGCGCUAAUCCUGUCCUUCGCAUACGCCCAGCAACACCAAUUAUGGCUCUCGUGUGUUAUGCCACAUCAUUCGGAUCCUCAACCGUCCGGCUCCCAUCCAGAAAUCUUCGCCGAUUUUUUCGGCAUUGAGAAUUCCUUAGGAGAUAGUACCAGAACCACAUCCCAUUCAAAUCUCACUAUCGAAGUAAACGGAAAUAAUCCAAUCGGCCUACGCCAGAAUUACCAGGUCUAUACAACUUAUGUGGACAAGCAAUUGGCCUUGGAUAUACUAACCAUUUACCACGAGGAAAUUGAACAGAUAAAAAACAUCACAGGUUUACUUCCGGCUUUAGUUUAUCAGAUCAUAACCAUCCCCCAGCUUAGAGCCAUGGCCCGCGCCGGCGGCAACGCGCUCGGCAUUUCUGGCGGAAAGAAACCCCUCAUGUUGAUCAAUUUCACAGUCAUGUGGGCGCUGGACUCGGACGACGAAGCAGUGCUCACGACAUCUACCAGAAUCCUUUCCAGAAUCCAGACCCUAACGCGACAACGUGGAUUGGAACAUCCGUUCCUUUACAUGAAUUAUGCCAGUCAAUUCCAGGACCCCCUGUCAAGUUACGGGACCGAAAAUAAGGCAAGGUUGAUAGAAAUCUCGAAAAAAUAUGAUCCAGAAGGAAUCUUCCAGAAGUUAAGUCCUGGCCACUUCAAAUUUAACGGACCACCAGCUGCGAAAUGGUAGUUGCUCGAGUUUGAAGAAAACAUCGUACUAGAAUAUGGCUCUGUAAAGAGUUUAUAUAAUAAAAAUGGUAUAUUUUUAUACUAUUACAUAUCUCUUUAAAGGAAUUCGGAUAAACGAUUCGAAUUAUAAAAGGC